AUGCCGGGGGAGAGGAGAUAUGUGUACUGCUGGGAUGCACCGCCUCGGCCCGUGCCACACGCGCACGCGAGCUCAGUGCGCCCACGAAACGGACGGCGCGAGUUGGUCGCCGAACGGUUUCCGGCGUUCAAGGGAUGGGAGCGAUGCCGCACAUGGACGUCCACCUCCUGUCAAGUCCGGGGAGGCCCUGACACAGUGACACAUUCACUCACAGACACACGCCCAGGCCGGUGCUGCAUCCUCCACACAAUCAUAUUCGUCAUCAGCCGGCAGACGAUUUUGAAUCCACUCCGACCCACAUUCCGCGCGACCUCCGAGUUCCGACUCUCAAGCUCCCGGGCGCCAGAAGCACUCAACGCACUCCGAGUCGACGCCGAAAACCCGAGGCCCGACUGCCACGGUGCGCGCGACGCCCGGUCUCCACCGCGCCCCAACGCCGAAGCGCGAACGCGCCCGAUGGUACCGGUCCCGGCCCGACGGCGGGGAGCAUGGGAGCCCGAGCCCGGGCGCAGUCGGGGCGCACGGGGCGCGGGAGCCGCCCCUCACGCCCGCUCCUUCGCGCCCUACCCCGCACUCGCCGACGGCGCGCGGGCGUGGGCGUCGGUGCGCUCGGGGCCCGGGGCCCGCACCCGCGUGCGGCCCCGGCGUGAGCCCUGUGCGCAACCCCUUGUGCGCAACUCCCUGGAGCGGGGAACGGCAGGAGGAAAACCCUGGGGCCGCGCUUCCCCGCACUUUCGCUCGCGCUUGGACUCGAGUACUCAGUCUCAGGGCUUCAUUGCAAGGUUCACGCCACGCGCAGGGUUUUUUUCCGACGCACUCACGCACUCCGGCAGCGAAGCUGUCGCGGUUUUCAGGUGCACAUGCCUCGAGCCCGAGCUCGAGCGUCGCCCCGACCUCGUUCCGAGCCCUCUGGGUCGCAAAAAGCACGGACGGCCACCGUGCGAUCACCUGCGAACCGUUCCGCCUGCGCGGACGAGCGUCGGGGCCGCGCUACGCCGCCGCGCUCGCGCACCUCGCCCGGCGAAUGCUCGGAAAGCACGCGGCCGGCUUUUUUCGCUCGUCGUGCGGCGCGUGCUCCUCGCUGGUUCGACGGAGCGCAGGUUCGCACUGCACUUCAUCACCGUCUGCGCUCCACGUGGCUGCGUGCGGUUUGUGGGUCCUGCUACGGCGACGGUGGACAUCCGGACCGCGUGGGUGUCCCGCCGUCCGGAUGACUGCUGGGCAUCCGGGACGGCACGUCCGUCGCGCGUCUUUCAUCGUCAGCUGCCCACGGCGUCGUGCGAUUCUGCCUGCAGCGUCGCUGGACGUGCCUCCCCCUGUGCGGCGUGCAGUAUCUUAUCAGCUGCGCGCUCUUUCGACGCUUCGCGUUCCCAUCCGACCCCGGCGAAUUCGACCGCGGGCGCUUUUAACGGGGCGUGCGGCGCUCGGCUCGAGCGGCGUGCUCACCGGCUGCGGGGGCACUGGAAGCGGACGGGGAGAUCGUCUCGUGUUCUGCGGUCGCCGCGCGACGGUCUGGAGAGCCUCGAGAGAUACCAUUGGCUACGCACGCCUAGAUGCUCUCGAGCCUCGACGCUCCGCUGCACAGCUCUGCGCACGGUUCUAGAGCGCUUGAGAUCGCGCGAAGCUGCUUGCGAGUAUAUACGACGGCGAGGUCUGGCUCGGGCUGGCCAGACGGCGCGGCGUCAGCUAGCUGCUAAUAGAGCGCGCCCGCCGGGGAGCGCAGACCGCGUGCGGUCGCAAAGCGUCCAGCUGUGCAAUGUGCGGCCGCGUCGCUACGCCGCUCGUAACGCGCGCGCGCGGGGGCCAGGGAGCUGGGGAGCGGGUCGCUCUACUCUAUCUCUAUCGCCGGGCGCGCGUCGCCUGCAGAUCGGCACAUGCGUCGGCGCGCGCCGCGAGCGAACCGAAGGCGCGACGCGCAACGCGAGCGAAGAAGGCGCGACGCGCGGGCGUCUCGAAGUGGGGGGCGCCUGCGGAAGACCCGAUGGAUCCAUGCAUCCCAUGGACGCGACCGACGAGGGCGGGCCUAGGGUUAGGAGGGGGAAAAGAAGGGCUGUCGAGCGAAUGCGGGACGCACGUUCGGGCGGCGCGCGAACGGGGAAGGGUUCGUGGUACGCUCCGACACGCGGUCGGAGGGUGCGCCGCGUGGGCUGCUUCUCGUCCGACGUCUGCGCAUGCGCGCGUACCCGGACCGCGCUGGGAGACACCUCCUGCCGACGCGUGCGGGAAACGGGAAGGAUCAACGCUGCCCCCCGCGCACGGCGGCGUGCUGCGUGGGCCUCGGGGGCGUUCACGUGCGAGAGGGAGGGCUGGAUGGGGGAAGACGGGCGGGCGCGGGGUCGGUGGGUGGGUGCGGACGAGGAUGGUUUAGGAGUUCUGCCGGGGUGCGUGCGGCCUGCUUUGGCGGCAGGUAGCGCGGCGCACGCAUCGAGUGCCAUCGAUGGACGCGGCGGGGGAUCGUCUGCAGCACGCCCGCCUUCCCUUGUGCCCCGCGCGUUAUCGGUGAUCACUCAUCUUAUCGCGAGCAUCCGAGGAGCGCGGCGGCGGACGAUCUGCCCUCGUGAGCGCAUCGAGAUGAAAGACGGGCGAGUGCGGAUCGGCAUCCGGUCCUGCUUUGUUGUCGACGUCGCCCCCGGGGCUGUGCUCGCACGCGCGGGCCACGCAGAGUGGCACAACAUCCAGCUGCUGCUCGACGAGCGCACGGGCGCAGUCGCAGAACGCAUGCAACACGGGCGCCAUCGCCAGCGCACGUCGCCGUCGCCGUCGUCGUCGCCGCCCCCGCCUGCCCCUCCCUCUAGCCUGCUGUCCAAGGCCUUGCUCUCUCCUUUUACGUUCUCUAUUCUGUGUCGCGUUGCCAAAGCAGAACCACAUAAUGCCCGCUAUCACCAUCGGCCGACCGGGCGUUGCUCCAGCCCCGCUGAAUCAUCCGCCAAGACACGAAACUCGGAGUUUGAAACGAAAAGGUGCCAGUCCCGGCGGAUGCGGUCCCGCUCGCCUCCCCAGGCUAUAGGGGCUCCCCGGCCCAACCGCGUCGAGCAGCAACAACCCGUGCGGCGCGCCUCGCACAACAGGAGAGAAGGGUCGGCGCGCCGGGCACUGAAUGGCGACAACGGGGACGAGUCACCGCGCCCUCAGUCGAGCCUCAGUGGAGUGCUGCAGGGGAGAGGCCUCCCGGGUUCCGAGCUCGGCGCCUGGGGCGGACGCAGCCGAGCCGCAGCUGUGAGCGCCGAGCGCUGCGGCUCUGCGUCGUUCUUGGCGCCUGCGAGUCCCGUAGGCGCGCGAGUCCCCUGCUCCGUGAGGCUUCAGCCGAAGGGAGGGAGAGCACGAUCGCCCAGGGGCGCUGCGGGGACGGUAUGCACCGUCCGAGUGCGAGGCCAUGGAUCCGCGGAUGCUCGACCCGGGCUCCAACGUCGGAUGUUGUUAGCCCAGGCACUUGCCCACCUCCUGUCCGCGACGCCCUGGGUGGGUUUGGUACCUUCCGGCGUGUUUGCAUUCACGGACCUCGACGAUCCCGAGCGUCAUGGACCGAUUCUGCGCGGGCGGUUACGCCGUCCGAGGCGUAACUUGCAGCGCGAGCACCGACUGCGCACCGCCAUCGCCUCUCACGUUCAUCUCCCCCGCCCCCGCCGAUCGUGUUCGAACCUGACGCGCUCGAGAGCCCGCCUGGUCCGCGCAGCCCCCGGCCAGGGUCACCCCCGCCUCCCCGGGCGUCGAUGCAUGAUGAGCGACCUCCCCCCAGUCGGCCUCGGACGCCACCACAGCGCGAUUUCCGCUCGCACCGGAAGUUCGUUCCACCCAACUGCGUCGACCGUCGACCUUCCCUGCUCCCCGCCCCCGGCCCCUCCAGCCCGAGCCCGCUCGUUCGCCCGCCCGCGCCGCACACGCCAGAAGGGCGCCUCGGGGCAGCUGACCCGUCUGCGCUCGCUCGUACCAGCAGCUCGCGCCUCGCGCAGGGGGUGUGGAGAGCGCCACCGCUCGGUCGAGCGCGGCGGAGCGCUGCCGCAUCCGGGGGGGAGGGACGAGCCGCGUCGAGCGACGUGCGGAAACGGCCGACACGGGAAUUCAGUCGCACGACGACGACGAAUUCAACGGCGCGCAAAGCCCGUCUCGGACGGGCGACAUGCGGAGAACGCACCCGGCGUGGGCAGGCGCCGCAGGGAGGGAUGGCCUGAUCGUUAUUGUCGUCCACGGCACGGCGGCACGGCGGCAGGCCCGCCGCGCGCCGCGCGCGGGAAGCCGCGCCCUCCCAGCGACGCUCGGGAGAAGCCCGCCGUCGGCGCACGCGGCGGCGAAGUCGCGUCGUCGACGGCGGGCGCGCCCCGAGCAGGCGCCCUCGUCUCCUCGUGGCUGAUGAGCGUGGCCAGGAGGCUUCCCGCGCCCGCCUCGCGGCGGGGCCGGCGGCGGGGGCGGCGGGCUCGAGGUGGCUUAUCGCGCGCCGCGGUGGGAAGGGGUGUCGGCAUCGGGGCGUGCGGCGUCGACCGACGGUGCGGUCGCCUGGGGGUUGGGACGAGCGCGCACGGGCCGUUGUGUGCUCGGGCUUGCUUUGUGGGGCCCGGGUCUGGAAAGUGCGAGGAAGGCGAUAAGGCGGUGGUGAACCCGCCGGGUGGGGGCGCCAGAAGCCGUGCACGAGCGCGCGACGACGGGCGAGCCGGCGCUAGCAGGCGAAUGGGAGGACGAAAGGAAGGAACGCGCCCCUCGCGCGAGGCCAGAAAGGCGUCGAGGCGGUCGAGAAGGACGACACUGGAUGGCAGCCGGAUUUCGGGCGCCGCCUGCAGCAUUUUCUUGAUUUCUCGAGGGCUGCGUGCGCGCGCGCGGCACACAGCGAAGCUCGAGCAGAUAUCGCCUAUCGCUCAGCGCUCAGCGUGCACGAAGCUUGACAAGAUCCAGCGGGCCCGGCGCCUUCAGAAAAUGAAUGCAGCAGUGCGUGCGCUCCCCCAAGCGCCUACCGCUGAGCGCUGUGCCAUUUCGUCUUCUUCCCCCGCUCCCUCGUCCUUCUCCCGUCGCGCGCAAGCACCCCCCUCGCGCUCGCGCGCGCUCAACCCGCCGCGUGUCGCGCGCGACCGUGCGCACCGCGCGGUGCGGCGCGCCUCGAGGAGGGGUUCGCGCCGCGUGGCCCCUCGCGCGGUGCCGCGUGCGGGCGAGCUAUGA